AUGGCCGCUCCUGUACAGAUUUCGAUGCCUUUCACUACUGUUAUGAUUUCGAGUCAUGUUCCUUAUGUGAGAUUGCUAGGCGUUUUAUGUAUUUAGAUCUACUGAAACUGUAGCGCUACGACAAGCAACAUACUCUUGCUUGUCUGUUGAACUCCUUCUGCAAGUAACAUGAGGGCGAUUUUUAUAUCCUCGAUUUUAUCCCCGCCUUGAACGAACUCUAACAACCUCAGUAAAGUGUCUCUAGCCAAGAUGCAGGCUUCGAUUUUGCCGGACACCAUCGACCUCAUAAGACAAGCAGAUGGGGGAUAUGAAGUUCGCUCUUCCGGUUUUGGCGGACCGCUGUUAAUGCGUAUCUCUUCUUAUGAACUAUGUAUUGGCGGAGGCGGGUAUCACUUUUUGAACUCAUGGGUAUUCUUUUUUUCAAAAAAUGAGUCAUCAAAUUCUAGGAACUAUUCUUAGUCAUGAUUCUACGAGUGAAAUUGAAAUUCUAGGAAGAGACAAGGAUUUGGCCGAGUCCCAAGAUGACUCUAGCGGUCUGCAGGAAAACCCUGUAGUAGCUCCAAUCUUCCUGCUCCAAAUGCGAAAUUCCUGCAAGAUGUUGUGGGCUGUGUGGGUUACGAGAUUGUGCGUCUGCUGCUUGGGACAUUAAGUUGCCAGCUGUGGCGGGAGCUUCAGCUUCGUCGUCGUCCUAUAUUGUCAGGAAGCCAGCUUGUCGAGGGGGUCUUUUCCCUUGUUGCAGUCGGUUGUGUGGCUGUUGUGGCAACAGCGACAGCGCGGUGGUAUAUGCGACAACGGACUUGAGUUUAGGAAUAGUUGUGAAAUAGUGGGAAAGCCGUGGUUGUAUCUAAAUUGCGAUGGCCAUGCUACCUGCAACAAUUAGAACUUCAACCUCUUGCCAGGCACAUCAAUCAAUCAAAAGCAAUCGCACUAUGAUAUGAUGGCAAGAAUGCCACAGGAUGACAAUUGAACACUCAUAUGUCACUUUCUUACAAGACAUGACCUCCACUACUAAUACCAAGCGGAGCAGCUGCCACGGCAAAGAAUUACAGCACUGAGAAAUUCGGCACGAAGAUGGCGUCGGUACGCGAAGAACCGAUACCAUCGAAUAUGCGGAGUGUCGCGACCGAUGAAUGCUGUUCCUGUUGCGACUUGCUGGUCUUGAGAAGCUACUUAUGGCUGGGUGGAUGAAUGGAUAGAAUAUAUGCUUUCGACGCAGUUAUUCUGCAAUCUGCAUUGAUUUCAUGAACAAGGUUCUAGCAGUUGUUACACUUAGUAUGUAGAUGAACAUCAAGUAGAGUUGUCUGUGGACGAGAGUAUAGUUGUUACUAGAGAGUACCAGAUUAUAUGUGAUCAUGUAACUAAAGCUCUUCUUUUUAGAAGGUACAAUUAGGCUGAACUACCUCAAGGCUACUUGACCACGUGGCUUAAGAGGGCACAUGACAUGACCUGCUAACCUACGCCAUCCAGACCGAUUACGUUGCUGCUGCAGCUUAUGACCUAGAGGCAGUGCAGCUGGCGAGACUUUUGCGGAUUCGAAACUUACCUCCUCGUGAAGAUAUUUGCGGCUAUUGUGGGGAUUUAUUUGGCAGUAAAGAACAACGGGAAAAGAAUCUCGAUACAUUCAAAGUUCUAUCGGGACCAGGGAAAGUCACGCGGCUUCCAAAGGGGAGUGGAUGGUCUUUAUGGUCUGUAGUCUAUUGUAAAGUUUUCUGUUUCUGAAAAUUUACAUAUUAAGAGCUAGCUUUUGUGGCUAUAGCACUCUUGUUCUCUCUUCUAAGCAAAAUCCGCUUUCCGGAGUACCCGAUUGUAGAGGUCUAGUCCUAUUGCGAGAGGUAGUGGAAUCCCAAAAAUUGUUCUUGCGAAUGAAGUGGGUUCUAGAGGAGAGCAAGUAUCUUCUAACCCUUAACUAAGGUACAACCCCACAGCUAAACAAAAUUUGCCCACUCGCUAAAUUAAGUUCUAGUACCUAUAGCACUCUUCUAAAUUUGCCCACUCUCUUCUAAGCAAAAUCCGCUUUCCGAAGAGACAUUCUUAUUGAUCUGACUCUUAUGUAAGUAACCUCCUCCCAUAGCAGGCCUUUGAUUCCCCAUCGUUUUCUUUUAGAGGUGUGCUGCAAAUCUUGACUCUAAGCAAAAUCCGCUUUCCGGAGUACUCGAGUGCUGCUGAGCAACUUGGGGCUGUUGCUACUGUCCUCAUUGAUGAAGGACGUCCUACUUGCGAUUGCUGCUACGCUUGCGGAGCAUCCUGUUGUGCUGUUUGUUAAAGACAUGCAGGAAAGGCUGUUCUGUUGAAAAGUCGGAAAAGCUUGGCUGCUUACAGGACUUACAAGAAUUGCAGAGAAUGCUCAGACUACGCAUUAUUACCAUAGGAGUUUGCUGUAUAAGACGGACUUCUGAAGAUGAAACUUACACUCGUCAUAUUGAUGUGUCUAUUGUUAAUUUUUGCACAGUAUUGAAGUGUAUUUUCCAAGAAAAAAUAUAAUUCAAGGUGGAAUGUUGAGUUUUGCAAGCUCUAUGUCCAUAUAAUUGCACAUUUCCAUCAUGCUGUUGGGCGUAUUAAAUUUUGCUUUCUCUCAAUUUGAUCAAGCCGUUUGAUGACAAAU